AUGGCGCCAAGAAGUGUUUUCAUCACCGGAGCAAAUCGUGGAAUUGGUCUCGGACUUGUUCGCGAAAUCCUCAAAGUUUCCGGCGUCGAAACCUUGAUUGCUGGCGCCAGAAACGUCGAUUCAGCCAAAGAGCUUCAAGAGAUCGCUAAAGCUGACAAUCGUGUUCACUUAGUUUCAGUCGAUGUUGCAAGUGAUGACAGUUUGAAAAAUGCAGUUUCGAAAGUUGCUGAAAUUGUUGGACCAAAAGGAUUAACUUUGCUUAUCAAUAAUGCUGGAGUUAUCGAAAAAUAUGGAUCGAGCUCAGCUGUUGAUCGUCAAACUGUUCUUAAAUGUAUUGAUGUCAAUGCUGUUAGUGCACUUUUGGCUUCCCAAUUAUUCUUGCCACUUUUGCAAAAAUCUGCGGGACUUGUUUCUGGCGAUGAUCUUACUGUUGAUCGUGCUGCCAUCGUCAACAUCGGUUCUGAUUGCUCAUCUCAAACUCUCAAUCUUCGUGGUUCAGGACCUGGUAAUUCAUUGUUGGCCUAUAAAAUGAGCAAGGUAAUUUUAUUAAAGUUAUCUAUCUGAAAUUAUCGAAGAAUGUUAAGGUCGCGAUGCUUAGUUUCACACGAACAUUCGCCGCGGACUUCAAAGCUCAAAAUAUCCCAGUUUUGGUUACUUGUGUUCAUCCGGGAUGGGUUCAAACUGACAUGGGCGGUGCAAAUGCCGAAAUCUCGGUUGACGAAUCGGUUUCGAAGAUUGUUGCUGGACUUGCGAAGCUCAACAACUCACACAAUGGUGGGCUUUUUAAUCGUGAUUGGGAAGUUAUGCCUUUCUAA